AUGGGAGAUAAGAGGAUUGACAAAUAUAUAUUUAAUAUAAAUCAUAAGAUUGGAGAAGGUUCUUAUGCCACCGUUUUUAAAGGUACAAAUGAAAAAACAGGAGAGAAAGUAGCAAUUAAAAUGUUAAAUAAAUCUGUUAUUAAUGCGUAUAAUAAUAAUUGUAUAUAUACAUAAGAGAUGAUUACUUAAGAGAUGGUUUAAUAUAGGAAAUAAAAAUAAUGGGAAAAUUGAAAAGUCCAAAUAUUGUCUAGCUUUUAGAUGUUAUGGAAACAACAAAUAAUUAUUAUAUAGUUUAAGAAUUUUGUGAUGGAGGUGAUUUUGAUGAGUAUUUAUAUAAAAAAAUUAAAGAUAUCUUAAAAAGAAGAAAAAUUUGAGUGAAAAAGAGGCUAUUAAAUUUUUAGUGGAUGUUUUAACUGGUUUUACAUAACUUAUAAAAAAUGGGAUUAUUCAUAGAGAUUUAAAACCUGCAAAUAUUUUAUUGGAUAAAACAGUAUAAAGAUUAUAUUUAUAAUUUAUUUAAUUAGACAUAUAAAUUAGCAGAUUUUGGUUUUGCGAAAUGUGUAGACAAUUUUAAAAAAGAUAUGAUGUCUUCAAUGGUUGGUACUCCAUUAUAUAUGAGUCCUUAAAUUUUAGAUCAUAAAAGAUACAAUUCUAAAACUGAUGUAUGGAGUAUUGGAUUUAUCUUUUAUGAAGCUUUAUUUGGUAAAAGUAAAUUAUUUCAUCAAUAAUUUUAGCUCCAUGGACUGCUAGAUCACCUCAAGAAUUACUAAAAAAUAUUAAAACAUAACCAUUAAAGUUUCCAACUGAUAAAAUAUAAAUCUCUUAAGAAACUUAAGAUUUAAUUAUUGGAUGUCUUUAAGCUGAUGAAUCAAAAAGAUUAUCUUGGGAAGAAAUAUAUAAACAUCCUGCUAUCUCACAAUACUUUUAAGAUAUAGUUUAAGGAAAUUCAAAAUUAGAAGAUAAAGCAUAAUACUUAAUUAAUGAUAUUAGGCUUAUGAUAAUCAAAGAUAAAUUAGAUAUCACUUAAUUGUUUACAGAAUUAGAUAUGUCUAAAGAUAAAGCACUUGAUGUUAAUGAACUAGGAAGAUUCUUAACGAGAGUUGAUAAAGAUAUAUAAAGAGAUGAAAUUGAAUAUAUUUUUAAUAAAUUUGAUGAAGAUGGUAGCAAUUCUAUUGAUUUUGAAGAAUUCAAAAAAUGGAUGGAAGAUAAUUCUGUAUUAAAUCUAAAUGUAUUAUUAGAUUUAAGUCAAAUAAGAAAAAUAAAUCAGAGAUAGAUCAAAAAAAUAAUCUAUUCUAGGUAAGAAUACAGUUGAAGAACGUGCAAAUUAUGUCAUAGAAAAACUCAAAUUAUCUAUUAUUAAAUAUAAUAUUUAACUUAUUGAUCUAUUUAAAAAAGUAUUACAUCAAAAAUAUUUAGUUUGAUAAAUCAGCUGAUUUAAAAUUAGAUUUAAAAGAAAUGGCUUAAAUGUUAAAAAGAAUUGAACCAAGUAUUAAUGAAGAUGAAACUCGAGCAGUUUUCGAUUUCUUUGAUAUUAAUAAAGAUGGCGAAAUUACAUUUUAAGAGUUUUAGACAAAUUUAUAAGAAUGCAUUGUUCAUAAAAAAUGA